AUGAAACGAGCCGCCGACACCGUUCUUAAAGGUGUUACUGUGACCAAUGCUUUCCGUAGCAGUAUUUCCCGUAGGGACAGUGAUGAUUUGCCCGCGAAGGAUCGGGAUGACCCCUUAGAGGGGCCACAGUUCCUUAAUCUGGGUGGGUUGGAGAUUCCCUACGUGGCGAGAGGGCUGAACCGCUUCGAGAAGCUCUAUCUGCGUUCUGCUGAGUACGGGGAUGUAAACACAGCUCGACGUCUGAUUGACAAUGCAAAACAAUAUAAUAUCAAUGUCAACUGCACUGAUGAUAUGGGCAGAGGAGCCAUAAGAAUCGCUAUCGAGGCGGAACAAAUUGAGCUACUACAGAUGUUGCUCACUUAUGAGGUGAUUGACUUAAAGGAUUGUCUACUUCAUGCGAUUUCUGAAGAGAAUGUUCAAGCCGUGGAACUCAUCCUACAGGCUCAGAGUGAGCGCCAACACCGAAAGAACCUGAAGGGACUUCUGGGUCACAUAGAGUCGUCAAUCUUCACCCCUGAUAUCACACCUCUGAUAUUGGCAGCUCAUCGCGACAACUACGCGAUUAUCAAGAUCCUCAUUGACCGAGGCAACAAGAUAACCAAGCCUCACGAGCUGCGAUGUGCCUGCAACGCCUGCGUGCAAGCCAGCAGGGAGGACAGUCUGCAGCACUCAAAAUUGCGUAUUAACGCUUAUCGGGCUCUGUCGAGCCCCUGCUUCAUUGCUUUGUCCAGCACUGAUCCCAUUCUUACUGCCUUUGAACUCAGCUGGGAGACUAGGCGACUGGGUCGUCUGGAGAACGAGUUUAAGGAUGACUAUGAAAAACUAUCUCAAAAUUGUGAGGCUUUUGCCACCGCACUACUGGCUCAAACACGAGGCUCUACAGAGCUAGCCAUUGUCCUCAAUUACGAUUCCGGAGGUGGUAAAAACGAGGAUACCAUGUUCUAUGGCGUUCGCAGUGACUCCACCGGACAGACAAUGCAACUCUCGCGACUACGACUUGCCAUAAAAUACAAGCAGAAACAGUGUGAGUCAGUGCGGUUAGCUGCCCUUGAUUGCAGCAUGGGCCGAACUUCUGAAAUGCCGGAUGUUCGUGAAUGCUUGUGUUCACUGUUCACGUGGACUAAUUGGUCUCCGGUGCCGUUGUGGGAGCAGAGGUUAUGCGUGGAUGAGACGUGGGUGAAGGGGCUGGCAUUCGGCAAGUUGACUGAAUGCUCACAGUACAAAAUGGAAGUUCUUUUGACCCUAGUGGCUCUACGCAUAGAGUUUUACUUGACGAACCAGCUUGAACAACGGAUGAGUUGUAGGGACCCGGCGCCGUCUUUCUUCGAGGCCUUUGCAAUAGUCUUUGUUGUGGGAUUUGUCUGGCAAGAGAUUACCAAUAUUUGGACGCUGGGUAUAAGGGCCUACAUCAGUGAUAUGUGGCACCUCCUGGACUUUGCUCAAAAUUCCCUCUAUAUCUCAACCAUUGCGCUACGCUUUGCAGCCUGGCUCAGAGUUUGGGCCUACGGAGAGCCAUCAAUUCUGGAUCGCAGCAAGUGGGACGCCUACGACCCCAUCCUCAUCUCUGAGAGCCUCUUCGCUAUUGCCAACAUCUUUGCCACGCUCAAGCUGGUCUAUGUUUUCACCGUCAGUCCACAGCUUGGACCACUGCAGAUCAGCCUUGGUAGAAUGUUAAACGACAUCGUGAAGUUCUUCUGCGUCUACAUUCUUGUCCUCGUGGCCUUUGCAUUUGGGCUGAAUCAACUCUACUGGUUCUACUCACAUGAAAGGUUCAACAGUUGUCAGGGCGUUCGUUUCAGCCUGGCUGAGGGAAUGAAGGAUGUCUAUGAUUACUGCAUCACUCGUGGACGAUACCUUACCAAUCUCUUCGAAAUAGCUCAAUCCCUCUAUUGGUCUACCUACGGUCUCAUAGAUCUCACAAAUUUUGAUCUGGAAUAUCCGCACUCUUUCACCGAAUUUAUUGGAAAGCUUAUAUUCGGAACCUACUCCUGUAUCGCGUUCAUUGUUCUCCUCAAUAUGCUCAUUGCGAUGAUGAACAAUUCUUAUCAACAAAUUUGGGAACAAGCGGAUACUGAGUGGAAGUUUGCCCGCUCAAAGCUGUGGAUCAGUUACUUUGCUGAGGGCUCUGCUCUUGCGGUCCCCUUUAAUCUCCUUCCAGGUCGAAACACCUUUAAAUGGCUCUUCAAGUGCUGUCACUGCAAACGUGAUGGGGAUGACAAAUCCGACUUUGAAUGGGACUCGAUUAAGGAAAAGGUGCAAAAGGUGAAUAAGAAGGAGCAGCGUCAUGCGACGGUGAUGCGAGAGUUGGUGAAUCGUUACCUCAUGCAUCGUCAGAUGCAUGUGGACGGCCAGGGUGUAACAGAAGACGAUCUCAACGAGAUCAAAGGCGACAUUAGCGCUUUUCGCUACGAGUUGCUGGACAUUCUGCGCGACAAUGGAAUGAAAGUCGAUUCUGAUGAUCACUUCAGAAAGGUCGGUCGACUACGACGGAGAGCGAGCCGUCGAGUGAGGAAUCCCUCAUGGAAAGUUUCUAAUGCAAAUUUAGAUGAAUUGGAUACGACAGAGGCACCUGAGGAUCUUUAUGAAGGUGUUGGUGUUAGCAAACCAUCUACCCAAGCAACCGGAACUGUACCCUCUGUAGAAAAACCGCAAGAGUUUGGAAAGUCUUUGCCGGUCUCCGAGCAUGCUCCUGCAGGUCCUUCUUACUCAAACCCCGCAUUUGUGCCUGAAAUAGAGAUAAGCACAGCAGAAGAGAAGCCUCCACUACAGACGGAUGACACUAUAGAGACAUCAAACGAUGAUUCGAUAACACAGAAGAGCACGGGGAAACAACAUCGUGAUGUCCAUGCGGUUGAAGGGAGCAGCGUGACUUCACCAUUUGAAAGUGGGGAGAUCUCUGAGCCGACCAGAUUGAAGGAGGUGGACAGGACCGAUUUUGUCUAA